AUGGCAGCAACCACCACCGCCAAUCGCCAUGCCGUACCGGCCCCAGCUCUGCCCGUCAGCGUCGACGCCGACUUCAACGUGGCCGACAUGGCACUCUACGAGCUGACGCGCGCCCGCUCGCGUCUCCGAGCUCUAGAGGCCAAGCCGCGGUGGGAGCCGGCCGACACGGCAUCCUUUGACUGCAUGCACUACCAGGGCGACACCGCGCUGCACGCCGCCGCGCAUGCCCUCGAGCUUCAGCCCGGCGCGCGCGUCGUCGACGUCGGGGCCGGCUUCGGCGCCACGGGCCGGUUCCUCAACAAGCACUACGGCGCAGACGUGACGGGCGUGGAGCUGCAGCCAGAGAUUCACGAAAUGGCCGAGACUAUUACCGCGCGCAACGGCCAGUCUGCGCAGGUGCGCUCUAUAAACGGCGACUUUACCCAGCUGCCCGCUGCCGCUUUCGCCGAUGCCCAGCCGGCGGACCACGUCGUCUCAUUUCUUUGCAUCCUGCAUAUACCGAACCGGGCCAGUGUUUUUGGCAAGGCGGCAUCGAUGCUGCGAAAAGGCGGCACCAUCUAUAUCGAGGACUACUUUGCGCAGAGCGAGCUCGAUGAGACGACGCUGCGCCAGCUGCGAGACGUUGUCUCAUGUCCGUACCUGCCGAGCCAGGCGCGGUACAUUGCUGAUUUGAAGGCGGCAGGAUUUGGGAAUGUCGUUUUUGUAAACAUGACAAAGGAGUGGUCUGAAUUUGUGCACGGUCGCGUGGUCGAAUAUAAGCAAUCCAGUGCUCCAGAGCCUUUGUUGUUGACCUUCUAUAAUACCGUUGAUGAGCUGUUUCGUGGGGGACGACUGGGUGGUGCGCGAAUCAUGGCGACAAAAAUAGAGUAG